AUGGAGUCAGACAUCUCACAAGUCUUCCAGAAAGAACUCACCUGCUUCAUCUGCCUGAGAUGCCUGAUAGACCCAGUCACCAUAAGCUGUGGUCACAGCUUCUGUCGAGCCUGCCUCCACCUUUCCUGGGAAGACAUCCAACUUCCUGUCCAAUGCCCUAUGUGCAGGGAACCAUACCAGAAGAAGGGCUUGAGAACUAACGUUGUUCUGAAGAAGCUGGUGUCCAUUGACAGACAAACCAGCCUCAUGAAGGACCUGAGCUCUGAGAAGCAUAAGUGUGUGACUCACAAGGAAACAAAGAGGAUCUUCUGUGCUGAGAACAGGAUCUUCCUCUGUCAACUCUGCUCUAACUCCCAUGAGCACAGAGGACACAGACACUGUCCCAUUGAAGCAGCUGCUGAAGAUCAAAUGGAUAGAGUUUUGAAGCAAAUGGCAUCUUUAUGGGAGAAGAUCCAAGAAAAUCAAGAG